AGCGUCACACGCACACUCGCAUCACCGGCCCCUCAGAACCCUCGCCGCCGCCGCCGCCGCCGCCGCCGCCGCCGAGGAUGACGUCCGUGCGCAGCGCCGCCGGGGCCGCGCUGCCGCCGAUCCGGAUGGCGGUGGAGCGGGCGCGCCAGGAGGCGCUCCGGCGGGAGCUGGACGGGUGCCAGCUGCUGGCGGGCAUCUGGUGCCACGGCUUCACGGUGGCGCAGCUCCGCAGCAUCCGCGCGUCGCUCCCCUCCACGGCGCGGCUGCUGGUCGCCAAGAACUCGGACCUCGCGGCGGCGGUGGAGGGCACGCGGUGGGAGUCGCUCCGCCCCUGCGCCCGCGGCAUGAACGCCUGGCUCUUCGUGCGCUCCGACGAGAUCCCGCCGGCGCUCCGGCCCUACCGCGACUUCCAGAAGGAGUGGCGCCUCCAGCUCAACGACUUCACCGGCGCCGUCUACGAGGGCCGCCUCUACGGGCCCGACGACUUCGCGCAGCUCGAGGCCAUGCCCACCAGGGUGCAGUCCUACCAGUACCUCCUCGGGUGCCUCCAGAUGCCCGCCGUCUCCGUCCUCGCCGCCCUCCGCGCGCGCCAGGAGGCCAUGGCGCAGCCCGAGAAGCCGCCCACAGAGGAGGCGGCUCCCGCUCCCGCUCCGGCGCCGGAGAAGUGAUCCCUCCUUCAGCAUCGAGGUUCCUCAGUUAUUAUUACACCUGCAGCUCCUUUCUCUUUUGCAGAUUUUGAAUUCAGUGUUAGUAGACAACACCCACAAAACCAUCAUAAGGAUGCAUUGCUCUGAUGUAUCAUCUGUUCAUGAACUGACUUUUGAAUGGGAAGAAAUGUGAUUUGCUAGAUCUUUCACUAGUGCCGAAUCACUGUUGUACUAGACAAAAUCAGAAAGAAGCUUUAGGAUGAUGAUA